CUGAUCUGGAGCAGAUAGUCCAGCGCCAUGUCUGGUCGAAGAGUUCAGGAGCUCUUCAUAAUGAUAUGUGUCCUUUUCACCACAUCAGAGUCACGCCAAAUCGGGCUUGUUCCUGUCGCUUUAGAACACCAGGGAUUCCGGGACUAUCCAUUAUGGCUAUGGUUUGCUCACGGCGAGGCUCCGAAGCCACUUUUUCCCAACAUGGCCAUAUCAAAGACUCCAGCUGAAGCUCAAAAAGGCGAUCCUCAGAUGGAACUCACAAUCUCCAAGAAGCGCUAAUAUUUCGAUUCAGUCCUUUUC